CACGUAUUUAGAAAGGAUAUGCACCAGAUUACCGUGCAAGUGGAGAUACCGCGACCAUUGAUUUCUCAAAACGAUCUGCAACGACGUUUGUUACCGCCCUCGAAAUACUGGAGGACCCUACUAGUGCUCAGCAUCCUGCCGAUAAACCAGAGUCAUCACUUCGUAAAGAAAACCCUCCAACCAUGUCCUCCCUCUCGCCCGAGCAACUCGACAAAUACCUCACCCACAUCUCCCUUCCCGAGCAAUACCGUCAAGCCUCUCCGAGCCUCGACCUCCUCAAAGCGCUGCAGACCUCCCACAUCGGGGCGAUCCCCUUCGAGAACCUCGGGCUACACUACACCAAGGACCCAAAGAUCUCCCUGGACGUGCAGGACCUCUUCCGCAAGAUGACGCGCAACGGGCGCGGCGGGUAUUGCAUGGAGAACAACACGCUCUUCAACCACGUCCUCCGUGCGCUCGGGUUCCAGGUUUACCAGACGGGCGCGCGGGUGAUCAACAUGCGCGACCAGAGCGGGCGGGAGCCCUGCUUCUGGGGAUGGGGACACGCGGUGAACAUCGUCACCCUCCCGGACGGCACUCGCUACAUGGCCGACGUCGGCUUCGGCGGCGACGGACCCCGCGAGCCGCUCCCGCUCGUCAGUGGGCACGUCACGCGGAACAUAGGCACGCAGGACGUGCGCCUCGUCUACGACACCAUCCCCGACGUCUCCCAGCGCGACCAGAAGCUCUGGAUCUACCAGUACCGCAACGCCCCCGAGCAGGCGUGGCGCGCUCUCUACUGCUUCCCCGACGCGCUCGAGUUCCUCGACGCGGACUUUGCCGUAAUGAACUACGCGACGAGCCAUAACCCCGAGAGUUUCUUCACGUUUGAGAUUCUGGUGGUCAAGUUCCUGCGAAGGGAGGGGGAGGUGUACGGUAAGGUCAUGCUGGUGAACGAUGUGCUGAAGCGGAAUUUACGAGGGAAGACGGAGGUGGUGAAGACGUGCCAGACGGAAGAAGAGAGAGUGACGGUGCUGCGAGUGUAUUUCGGGAUUCAUCUUUCUGAAGAGGAGAAGAACGGGAUUCGUGGUCGAGUAACAGAGUUACGCCCAGAGAACUAAUUAACAGCAUGCACCCCACGGCGUAUCCGAUUGCUUGUUCGUCGUGGUAUCGGUUUCGCUCGCAACGAAUACAGCCCC